AUGCAACAUCAGCUAGCUCACACAUCGAUCGACACAUGGCCUAUGACGGUCACCUAUCAGGGUCUCUACGGAUGUUUCCAUCCCUGUCACGGUCUUGAGCCGGGCACCUUCUACCAGUCACGCGACACUGGGAUUGUCUUGCACGUUAUGGUCGGUGCUGAUAGGGGUCACUUCAUCAUCCUACGACCAAUUUCGCCAACAGCAGAGUCGACGCGGUAUACGACUGAGGAUCGAGAUCGCCUCGCUACAGAGGUGGCAACUAUUAUGGUCGGACCGGGAGUUCGCUUCCAAGAUAUUUGGGCGGUUGCCGAUAAGGAUACUGCUGUGAUGGUGAACCAGGAGGAAGGAUACUGCGAUAAGUGGUAUCACGACCGGGUUGUGCUUGCGGGCGACGCUGUGCAUAAAGUUACGUCUGUCACGGGUUUGGGCGUAAACACUGGCAUCGCUUCAGCCGCAGCGCUCGCUAACGAGCUAUACCGCACCCUUCAAUCAGGGUCUAACCCCAGCACAAAGGUUAUUGAGGACGCCUUCGACCGAUAUCAGAAGACUCGGGCCCCCGAGGCUAGCCGACUGCAUGCCUUCGGCACAAAACAAAUCCGUGGCGUCACCUGGGAGACCUGGGUGGACUGGUUCUAUGAUCGCUUCAUCAAUCCUUGGAUCAGUGCGGGCACAGUAGCGGGCAUCAUCGGGAAGCUUAUUCAAAGAGGGCAAAUAUUGGAAUACGUACCCUUCAAGGAUCGGGAGGUCCAGGUGCCUUGGAUUAAUAGCCCUACUGUUUGA